UUUUUGUUUUAUUUUACAGUUAGGCAUACCGUAGAAAGAUAAUUAUGGAAAUUCGUAGCCUUGUACGAGGCUCCUGUGAGCGCUUCUGUCCCGAUGCUGAGGCCAAAAUGCGCAUUCAGAAGAAGUUGCUUCACUACUUCGAGUACAAGGAUGGGCAAAAGCAUGUACCCGGCGUGUUGGUAAAGGAGUUUACGCGCUCCGCAGCUGACGCCAAGGUGCCCAAGGCGAAGGACAUGCGCACUGAGCUCUGCUUGACCAAAACUGUUGAAUAUCUUCUCAAGGACAUUCUCCUGGAUGAACGUAAGCCUUAUCACCUGGCAUACGAUUUUAUAUUCGAUCGAUUGCGGAUGGUGCGUCGGGAAAUUGUCAUACAACAGUACAAUGCACGGCAAACGAUUCGGCUGUUGGAGCCAAUGAUCAUGUUUCUAGCUUACAGUCGAUAUCGUCUGUGUGCGGAACCAAUUGAAAAGUUUGAUCCCAAGAUAUGCAAUCAGCAUUUGCAAGAAUGCCUGAAUAUGACGCUCUGUUGUUAUAAGGAAUUGGACGAUGAGCAGGAGACGCAGGAAAACAAGUCCACAAUACGAGAUUUUCAGCGACGUUGCUUUAUUGAAGCAUUGUAUCAGGUGUUUAAUCUGGGAACGUCCGAAGCUCUGGUACGUGGUCUAGCAUUGCCCGCAGAAGUGCGAGAGGAUAAGAUUUUUAAGCUGGCCUUCGGCAUAUGUAUGAACUAUCAUCAGGGGAAUCUGUAUAGAGUAAUUGUUGGCCUGCCACAGUUGCCACACAUCAUAUGCGCUGUGUCUGCCUCAAAACUUGAAAUGAUAAGAAGACGCUUGAUGGAAAUUUUCACGCAUGCCUACAACAACAAACAGCUUACUGUGCCGACAUCGUACUUGUUGCGUUUGACAUUAGUAGAGCCUCCGAUUUUGGCUGAAUUGUGUCGUCAAUAUAAUAUAGCCUUAACUCCUGAUCGUAAGGCGGUUCAUUUCAUUAAGACUGACUUUCGCAGUUCCGCUGAGACAAUUAAAGCGCGAAGAGAACCUUUUAUUGAGGCGAAGCUGGAGCGCAUUUAUCUGCCCGAGGUAUUGCUGCUGAAGAAGUUGUGGUUAUAGGAUCCGAUCUCUCAUAGUUGUAUGAAAAAUAAAUAAAUAUACAAUAAAAACGAUACCCAUUUA